CGCGCGUAUAGUCCUCCGCCUGUGCCGAGAACUCCCACUAGUCUCCACAAAAAGACCCCCAAAGUCCACACGCACCAUAUCGUAGUGCGUCCCUUCGACAUACGUCAGAAUGUUGUCAGGGGAGCUUCUGCUUCCUGUUCCUGGGCCCCACGACGGUUGCGACUUUUUUUCCUUGGUGACCCCCUUCGCAACAAGACCCUGUUCCACACCACAACUUGUUUUUGUGAGCUGACAAGACGGGCUGGAACGGUCUCUAGGUCCUUUCAGAUGCAGUAAAACGCACUACUUUACCCCAUUCCUUUUCGCCCUGUUGAAGCCCUUCAGACACGAGCUGGCUUCUCCACUGGCUCCGGGAUUCUCUCGACGAAUGGCUUUCGCUGAAUGGGUGCGUUCCUGUCGAUCUCGGAUAUGCCUGCCUUGUUCUUUUCAUAACACAUCUUUUCCGCCCAAUGACAUCGUGAUUUAUUUCUUCCUCUCCAACUUAUGCACAAUUGGCUCCUGACCGGCUGUCGGCCACACAGCAGCCUUAACUUGGUAAGUUUGCUCGCAUUUUCCUCGAGUCUCUGCCCAAUGUGCGAGACCCUGCCGGAAUCGGUACACCACCCUGUACACAGCACCGAGGGACUCCGUAGAACGCGUUCGAGACCAUCGCGAUCGCCACUGAUCUGCGGAGGAACAUUCAGCUUGCUGAGCUCGCCUACCAAUGGGGUUAAUCUCACCGCUUAGUCAAAACGACGGAGCGCGGAUACUCAUUCACGAUAGUGUCUGUGCGAAUGAGACGGGCUUACCAAUAUCGCCGACAUAAUCACAAUGAGGCUCUGUGUUGCUUUGUGUAAUUCUGUGUAC